GGCCUCACCUGUUUCUCUACUGGUUGCUGCGAAGAUUGAAGCAGAAGAUUUCUACGACUUACUGAUUGAAACUCACCUUACAUUUCUGCCACCAUGAGGGCAGUCCGCUUCCACGCCGCUGGGGAUAUCCGCGUAGAUCAGAUUGAAGAGCCGGUCUGCGGGGAGCGGCAGGUCAAGAUUCGACCUGCGUUUGUGGGGAUUUGCGGGAGUGAUUUGCACGAGUAUACGUGCGGGCCGAUCCUGAUCCCCCGGACGCCACAUGCGAUCACGGGAGGCCAGCUUCCAACAACCCUAGGCCACGAUGGUGGCCUUGAAGUGGGAGAUCAUGUCGCUGUUCGGCCCAGCCUCUCAGACGGAGAUUGUCCUCCCUGUUUGCGGGGAACCCCGAACUGUUGUCGCAACUUGGGGUUUGUGGGGUAUAGUAGUAAUGCAGGGGGUUUAUCGGACUACGUCGUAGUGGACGCAGAAUCUGCCAUUCCGCUACCAGACACCAUCCCUUUGGAAAUUGGCGCGCUUGUCGAACCGUUGUCUGUCGCGUGGCACGCAGCAGAUCGUACCCCCCUUGGAGAUGCUCAGAAGGUCCUCAUUGUCGGAGGAGGUCCCAUUGGUUUGGCCAUCAUUCAGGUUCUUCGAUCACGAUGGAUAGGGACCAUCAUCGUCGCGGAGGUCUCGUCGCGACGACGGGAAUUCGCGAUGAAGUUAGGCGCCUCUCAGGUCCUUGAUCCUCGAGCAGGGGAUCUGGUCUCCAUGGUACGAGCAAUGACCGACAAUGCGGGCGCAGACGUCGCCUUUGAGUGCUCUGGCGUGCAAGCCGGAUUGGAUACGGCUCUCCAGGGCAUUCGUGUUCGAGGAACGGUCACGAUUGUCUCGCUCUGGGAGGCGAAGCCGACGAUUGAUGCCCGCGCGAUUGUGCUGGACGAGAAGCACGUCAUUGGGGCGGCUAUAUUUGCCGAUGGCAUCUUUGAGGCUGUUAUUGAAGCUAUACGCUCGGGCAAGCUCAAUCCGGAAGCCAUGAUCACCAGCAAGAUCCGAAUGGAGGAUAUUGUCGAAAAAGGGUUUGAAACUCUGAUCCAUGAAAAGGAUCAACAUGUUAAAAUCUUGGUUGAUGUCUCGGCAUAAAAUCCAUGAGGAAGAACCUGAGGAUCUGAGAUUCCUGUAAACUAAGAUGGAACCCUGGUCAGCUGCGGCUGUGAAGGGUCGCACAAGUGAUCAAAAUAAGACUAUGUGCUGUCAAGUCCCUAUUUUUCUUCCCGAA